GCCGCCAUUCAUGCUAGUGGCAGUCACUAAGUGUAGACGUGUUUCGUCUUGGCAUUUUUUACUACUCUCUCACUCACUAGUUUUCUGCUGUGGAAUGCCAGAAAUCCGGUUUCGGAGCUAGUGCGAUUAGCGAAAAUACUUUUCCGACGAUAUCUGGACAGUUUUCGCGGGUGUCGUGAUAGAUUGAAUUCCUUUUUGCCCACUGAAGAAGUGUCUUGUCUACUGUCGUUGAGGAAUAAAACUCAAAAACUCCACUAGGUGCUUAAUCGAGGUGUGCAGAAGUCACUCCAUAGAAUAACACCCUCUUCGUAGACAUCCUCAUAAAACUGCCAUUCCACUCGGUCUGGCUCUAGCGAUUGCUAAACAAAGAAGUGCCAUUGAUGUCGUAAAAGAAUUGCGUGUUUGGUUGCAAUCACCGAAUGACAGGUCCUCUUCUGAUAUUUUCUUUCACAAGAAGGGCUCGGUUCCACCGAAAUACAAAGUUGUAGGAAUAGGAUUAGACCUGCAGCAACAAGGGGAGGCUCGUUGUGAAACUUUAGCGCUGACACGCAAAUCCCCUGAGAAGGAGGAUGAGGAAGAAGUGAGUCACCCUGUGCUUUAUAUCGAAAAUAUUGUGUGUGCCCUUCUACUAUAUACCCUUAGGCUUCUAUGCAUGUCUAGCAAGCUCUUUUAUAAAUAAGCGGACACAAUCGAAUUCAGUGUUUUUCCUCUCGAAGCUUGACCCGACUCCAGCGUCCGAAAAAAAGGGGGGAAGUGUAAAGUGACGAACGAGGAAAGGGUGUGUGUGUGUCUCAAAAUCAAUAAUUUUCUCGCGAAAGUUCCAUUCCUGUUGGACGUAGCUUUCUAGUUGGGGGGACCAUCACCAGAAGAAAGGUGUUUUGAUUGACUCGAGAUGAACCAGUACAACUCCAGGAAGCGGUUCGCCUUUGACAUCGACAUGGAGGUGGAAUCGUCCGAUGCAAGCCGGCUGAAAACAGCCCAGGGCAAUGAAUCGCCCGCAAUUCACAGUGCCAACAGCAACGUGGCCGGAACCGGAAUCGGCCUGGGAGGAGGCGGUGGGGGAGGAUCUCUCAGCCUGUCGCAGGAAAAUUUAGCUGCCGCAGCCAUUGCCGGAGGGUUAUCGAAUGAGAUUUCGGCCCCAUAUGAAGUGCCACAGUUCCCGAUCGAGCAGAUCGAAAACAAGUUGCAGCUGCAGCGGCAGCUGAAUGCCAAGGUCAUGGAACACGAUCGCCAUUCGGUGGCCGCGGAAGUUCACCCGGACGAGCAGCUGCCCUUCGAUGAGCACGAUUUCGUCGCUCACUUCCAGCGAGUUUCCAUUUCCGGUGAGGAUACUAGCGGAGUUCCGUUGGACGAUCUGGAACGUGCCUCGACGCUACUGGUCAAGGCGCUAGAGCUGCGAGGCAAGUACAUGUGGAAUUCGCACCAGAGCUUCCCGCAGACGACGGCCCGGUUCCUGAAGUCCAGCCGCCCGGAAAAGUAUGCCCACCAGGAGAAGAAAUCGAUUGCCGACCAUCCAGUAAACCCUCCGCAAACAACGGAAUCACCCUGGUUGAUCGAGUUCCCGGAGGAUUGCAACUACACGAUCCGCUCCAACAACGGCGUAUUCGAGGUGUACAAGGACGCCGACUGCAAGGACCAGCUGCCUUUCGCGUACACCAAACUGGCGGACUUCGUGCAGGACAUGCAAAUGAUGUGCUCGAUGAUCGCCGAUGGACCACUUAAAUCGUUCUGCUAUCGCCGCUUGAGCUAUCUGUACUCUAAAUUUCAGCUGCAUGUAUUGCUGAACGAACUGAGGGAGCUGGCAUCGCAGAAGGCAGUUCCGCACCGUGAUUUCUACAACAUCCGCAAGGUGGACACCCACAUCCAUGCCGCCAGCUGUAUGAACCAAAAACAUCUGUUGCGGUUCAUCAAGAAAACCCUAAAGAAUAGUGCCGAUGAAGUGGUUACCGUUACUAAGGGGCAGCAAAUGACCUUGUCCCAGGUGUUCCAGUCGAUGAAUCUGACGACGUAUGACUUAACGGUGGACAUGUUGGAUGUCCACGCUGACCGAAAUACGUUCCAUCGGUUCGAUAAGUUCAAUGCCAAGUACAAUCCGAUUGGGGAGUCCCGGUUGAGGGAGGUGUUCUUGAAGACGGACAACUAUCUGAAUGGAAAAUAUUUUGCAAAUAUAAUCAAAGAAGUCGCCAGUGAUUUUGAGGAAAGCAAGUACCAGAAUGCUGAACUCAGACUUUCGAUCUACGGUAAAUCGGCGGAUGAGUGGUUCAAGCUGGCAAAAUGGGCCAUCGAUGGGGACGUGUACUCGAAUAACAUCCGCUGGCUGAUUCAAAUUCCCCGACUCUAUGACAUCUUCAAGACCAACAAGCUGAUGACCUCGUUCCAGCAGAUCCUGGACAACGUUUUCAAGCCACUGUUCGAAGCGACCAACAACCCGAGCAAACAUCCGGAGCUGCACAAAUUCCUCCAGUACGUGAUCGGGUUCGAUUCGGUGGACGACGAGUCGAAGCCGGAGAAUCCACUCUUCGACGGGGACGUGCUAACGCCGGAUCAGUGGUGCGAAGAUGAGAAUCCUCCAUAUGCGUACUACAUCUACUACAUGUACGCCAACAUGACGGUUCUGAAUCACUUCCGGUCGGAGCGUGGCAUGAAUACGUUUGUGUUGAGGCCUCACUGCGGCGAAGCCGGUCCGGUGCAGCAUUUAGUCUGUGGAUACAUGAUGGCGGAGAACAUUUCCCAUGGGCUGUUGUUGCGGAAGGUUCCGGUGCUGCAGUAUUUGUAUUAUCUCGCACAAAUUGGAAUCGCAAUGUCUCCGCUGUCCAACAACUCACUGUUCCUGAACUAUGACCGUAAUCCAUUCCCAGAGUACUUGGCUCGGGGUCUCUGCGUAUCGCUGUCCACGGAUGAUCCCCUUCAAUUCCACUACACCAAGGAACCCCUGAUGGAGGAGUACAGCAUUGCGGCUCAGGUCUGGAAGCUGAGCUCCUGCGACAUGUGCGAGCUGGCACGGAACAGUGUCCUGAUGAGUGGCUUCCCGCACAAGAUGAAACAGCACUGGCUGGGACCGAACUACACCCGGGAGGGUGUGGCCGGAAACGAUAUCACCCGCACGAAUGUGCCCGACAUCCGGGUGGCCUUCCGUUACGAAUCGCUACUGGACGAGCUGUCCAACAUCUUCAAGGUGAACAAUGAGCAACAGCUGGUAUUGGGAACGGUUUAAAAGAGGAUUUUGCGCGAACUGGUUUCAACAUUCAAACGUGGGCUUCAUGUUUGUGACCUUUAUCAUUAUAAAAACACUAACCCAUUUGACUAACAUCGACGGCCACUAUUGUCUCUGUUUGAUGUCCUCGCUUGGCUUCAAUGAUUGGCUUGUGACAAGACAGAGAUUGGAAACGCAGCACUGAUUACUCUGAGUACUGAAAGAUUUAAAUUGUAAGGUCAGAAGUACUAACUCUAUUAGUCCCCCCAAAAGUUCUAUUUAUUGAUUUCAGAUGGAUUUAUUAAUUGUUGACAAAAAAAUAUUGUGAAUUUCAAGCAUAGAUAUUGUGUAUUCAUGGAAGAAGUGUUUUUGGGAAGCAACAAAAAAAAGAAAGAUGAUGAUUUCAAACUAUUUAUUGUCACCCAAGCGUGCUUGAAGUGACAUGUAUCUGUAGGUAUCUUUGUUCUAUUGUGACGAAUUGUGUAUCGCCGAAGUGCGGAAAGCUUUCGCCGCACUACUCGGCCCAUCAUUACGUGUAAUCCAUGUUUAUACACCCAGAGAAUAUAUUCAGAAUCACUCGUUUGAUGAACUUAA